GAGGACCUCAUCACCGUCUCCUCCGACAUCGACGUCCGUGUCCGCCAAUGCUGUGCUGAACGAGAACGCCAGCGCGGACGCACCACCACCACCACCACAGCGACCAAGCCGGCCGUACCGCUGCACACCACCCCCUUCACACCGCCUGCCAGAGACCCAAAUGCAAUGGACAUCAACGCGACCCGUACGCGCGAAGAGUUCAACCGCCUCAUGCGCGGCAAGUGCUACAGUUGCGGGUCUACGGUGCACGUCAAGAAGGACGGAGGCCAUGAUCGGGACAUCUGCAGUUACUGUCGCCGUGUAGGGCACCGCGAGACAGUGUGCAUGGACAAGUUCCUGAAGAAGCCCCGCUCGCAGAAGCUCGCUGCAACAGAGGAGGGACCCGAGGAACUCCAGGUCGCAGCAUCGAUGUCCACGUCUGCGGACGCCGGAGCAACCAACGCCCUCAUCGCGCAGCUCAUGGAGUAG